AUGGACAUCAUGACCGCUUUACUACCAAAGGGUAUCGCAACUUCAGUUUCGACCGACGACCGGGGAAUAUUGCCUGCCUCAGAUGCCACCUUGAGGAACACCUGCACCGCCCUCCUCUCACCUCUAUAUGCGCCGGUCGCAAAGUCCAUUUCCGCGAACAACGCCGUCCGGCACCUGGAAAACACUAGCUCCGUGUGGGGACGCACCUCGAAGCCUCUCGACCUCGGCGAUUACUUCACCUACGCCAAAAAGAUGAUGACCGAAAGUGGUGCGACCGUGGGAAACAACGCUGCAAUUCAUCAUCCCUACGUCAACAAUUCUCUCUACUAUGAUCAUCUCGUUAACGGCGGUGGUUCCUUCAAUUAUGGUAUCGGCUCAACCGCGGUUGAACAAGAGAAUGAUGGGGUCAACGAGAAAGGCAAUGAAGGGUGCCAACAGCACACCCUCUACAGCAUCGCCCUUUCCAAACCCUUGGUCAUCCCAUCUGCUUCCGCCUGGUCUUCCCUCGAGGAUUUAACCACUCCAACCACUGCCACAUCGAGUUCCGCCGCAACCUCGCGUUGCUCAACGCCGGCCACCAAUGGUUGGACGUUCGUCGAACGUCCUCAGCAGGUUGACCCCUCCAAAGUGCAAGAUCCUGCGGAUGCCGCCGCGGCUCAGCAGCGUGAUGUUUUGAAAACCCGAUCAUCGAUUUCAAACAUUCAAGCGCUCAAGAAACGCGCUUCAAUGAACAGUUUCACCAGCAACUCCUCAGAGCUACUGCAGAGCUCACCGAGUGACGGCCACAUUGCAGUUCCUCACCAACAACAAUCAUCCAAGGUUCGCCGCAGCAGCAACACGACCGCUGUCUCUGACACCACCUCCGAGAAUUCCGACAAGUCGACCACCAUCGAACUUGAGAAGGAACAAAAGAAGGCCACUUUGUACAAGACUGAGAUGUGUCGAAAUUGGGAGGAGCGAGGUUCCUGUCGCUACGGUAACAAGUGUCAAUUCGCGCAUUCCGAAAGUGAGCUGCGAAAAAUCACCCAUCACCCAAAGUACAAGACGGAGAUAUGUAAAACAUUUUGGCAAAAUGGCACCUGUCCCUACGGGAAACGAUGCUGCUUCAUUCACAAUGAUAAGAAUGGUAUCCUGAGGCGUAACAGUUCCGAAAAUCUCAAAAACUCUGGUAAAAGCAAUGGCAGCAGUAAAUCCAAAGGUCUGAGUAAAUUUUGUAGUGACCCGGCACUAUACGGAUCCUAUGUAAGCGAUUCCACAUCUCCGGUUGGUCCCAUACCGUCUUCGACGAUGGCCAGAACACCGGAAGCACGAUCCACCUCAAGCUCGGAUUCCCUUCGCGCUUUCACGGAUGCAUACUUCUCGGGACAGGCUAUUGCCAAUCAAGGAGCCUCGGAACCGGUUGACGGUCGCUCUCCUUCCACCAUCGGCAAGGAUACCUCGGGUGCCAUAGCAAACGAGAAUUGCAUCUUUGAAGACGAUGAGGAGGGUGAAGAGAUCAAAUUCUCAGCGGGCUUGACCGAUAAACCGUUGACAUCGAAUGAGAUCAUCAAUGAUUUUGGUUCAAUCCCAGUCCCGCCGGACAUGUAUGUGGCCAAAGGUAUACGCCCUCAGAAUCGUCGAAGGGCAUCCACGACAUCAUGUCGACCGGAUAAGGCGGUCAUCAAUUCAUCCACGGCUCCAACGACUGUCGUCAACAAUGCUGUACUGAGAGAGAGGAGCGUUAGUAUGAGCGUCAAUGCCAACGUGGUACCCGCUCCAAGUAGCAAUCUUGUUCCCGUCGUUGGUCACAACCGGGGUCGUAGAUUGGCCAUAUUCCGAAAUCUGGGUUAG